AUGGAAAAGAUUUUUCGUGCUCUACCCUGCACUGAGAGGCAACAGGUAACUUUCGUCACUUUUACUUUCAAAGACAAUGCGCAGGAAUGGUGGCUUCUCACUCUGGCCAAAGAAGAAAUUACGACGUGGGAAAGAUUCUUGGAAGUAUUCUAUGAAAAAUACUUUCCAGAUUCAUUGCGGGAACAGAAGGCAUCCGAAUUCAUACAUCUGAAGCAGGGAACCAUGAUGGUGGCCGAAUAUGAGAGCAAGUUCACACAACUCGCUGGGUUUGCAAUAUACGUCAUCCCCACCGAAACUCGAAAAGCAAGAAAAUUUGAAGCAGGAUUGGAUGCUGGAAUUCAAGACAGGCUUGAAGUUUUGAAAUUGCCAACCUAUGCAGAAGUGGUGGACCGGGUGUACAUAGCAAAAAAGGGAAUUAAAGCCUCGCGUUCCGGAGAACCAAGCUACAAGAAGCGAUUCUGGGAAAGAGAUAACAGAAGACCCGGUGUUGCACCUCAUAAAAAGGUGAACAUGGACACAACCAGCUCAGGCCACCACGGUCCUACCAACCCCGGAGGUGGCACUAUUCUAACUUGCCCCACUUGUGGAAGGGUUCAUUGGGGACAAUGCCAUCGAGACACGGGAGCAUGUUUUAGAUGCGGACAGUUUGGCCACUUGUUAAGGGAUUGUCCAAAAAUGGUUAAUCCUACAGCCAAUCCCUCUGGCCCAGUCAGGAAAACCGUGGGACCGGGAGGAGAAAAGAAGGACCAAAACCGCCAAGGUCGGGCUUUCGCCUUGGGACCUGGAAAACCGGAAGUUACCGAAAAUGUUGUGUCAGGUACACUUUCUAUCUGUGGCCUUUUAGCUCAUGUCCUUAUUGACUCUGAGUCAACUCAUUCUUUUGUUGCAUUACACUUUGCUGCCAAGUUAACGUCUACACCCGAACCAUUAGGAUAUACCUUGUCUGUGUCUUUUCCUUCUG